AUGAACAAAGAUCACGGAUGGGUUUCAGGAAGACGUUUUCCCAAGUCCUGCCUCCAAACUGCAAAACUUCAUGCGUGUGCUAGUUUUUCUGGAGAGAUCUCCAAAGCUUUCAUGAUGUUUAUCGAUAAUUUGUGCCAUUCAUCUGAGACUAAGCCCUUAAACCCCAGGAAGGAACCUCCUCGGCGGCCCAUUUUCCCCGCCUCCUGCACCUUCGCGAGUCGCCGCUGGGGAGCGGGUCAGGCCUCUGCGCUCGCCGUCUUCUGGGAACAGCUUUACGAUACGUUGACCGUCAUUUUACGACACGCUGGGGUUGCUUUGUGGCUGUCAACUUUCCCCGAGGUCCAAGUUGGUAGCUACCUUGUGUGUGGUAGCAGAUACUACGGCCGCGGAGAAAUGAAGCAGAAGCGGAAAGGAGAUCUCAGCCCUGCUGAGCUGAUGAUGCUGACUAUAGGAGAUGUUAUUAAACAACUAAUUGAAGCCCACGAACAGGGGAAAGACAUUGAUCUGAAUAAGGUGAAAACCAGGACAGCUGCCAAAUAUGGCCUUUCAGCACAGCCCCGCCUGGUGGAUAUCAUCGCCGCAGUCCCACCUCAGUAUCGAAAGGUCUUAGUCCCCAAAUUAAAGGCAAAACCCAUCAGAACUGCCAGUGGGAUUACUUUAUUGUAA